AACCAAACUCAGGGCACACGAGAGCCGCUAGCAGCUAGCUAGCAGCUAACUAGCAGCUAACUGUCAACGAGGUGAAAGAGGAUUUUAUCUCAUGUAAGUCACAUUUAUCUCCGUGUCUCCUAUAAACACGACCGCCGCGUUCUUCUCGGACCGGGACAUGUUGUGACUGAUCGCCGUCCCCCAAAAGUUGCAGCAACAAUGUUGCCCUCAGCCAGAACCUUGGUUCGCUCUGCAGUCAGGAGUGGAGGGCGGAUCUGGUGCCCCUGCAGGAGCAUCUCCGUGAAACCCGGAGGUCUGAAGCCGAAGACGGUUCCCUGUCGGUACCUCGGUCAGCCAAGCCCCUUCACUCACCCGCACCUCGUCAAACAUGGGGAAGUGACUCCAGGUUUGAGCCAGACCGAGUACGAGCUCCGCAGACAUCGUCUGGCUUCUCUUAUCGAGGCCCAGGCGGACCGGCUGGGACCGUCUGCGUCCUCCGGGUCCCACGUGGUCAUCGUUCUGUCCCACCCCACUCGCUACAUGACCAACGACAUCCCGUAUCCCUUCCACCAGAACCAGGAUUUCCUCUACCUCAGCGGCUUCCUGGAGCCGGACAGCGCCCUGGUUCUUUACGGGACGGGUCGACCGGACCAGGCCGCGCUGUUCGUCCCCCGCAGAGACCCGGGGAGGGAGCUGUGGGACGGACCCCGCUCGGGGAAGGACGGGGCGGCUGCUUUGACCGGAAUAGAGAGGGUUCACAGCACAGAGGAGCUGGGCGUCGUACUCAAGAGUCUUAAAGGGACUCAGCUGUGGUACGACAGCUCUCAGCCCUCCCACCCUCGCCUCCACCAGGCCCACGUGGCCCCCCUGCUGGAGGCCGGGCCGACGCCUCGUACCCUCCGACCCCUCGUCCACUCGCUCAGGGCCCUGAAGAGCUCGGCGGAGGUGGCCCUCAUGCAGGAAGCGGGACGCAUCACAGCCCAGGCUUUUAGGAGGACGAUGGCUUCGUCUCAGGGAGACGUGGAUGAAGCUGUGCUCUUUGCUAAGUUUGACUUUGAGAAUCGGCUCCAUGGUGCCAACUUCCUGGCCUACCCCCCCGUGGUCGCUGGAGGCAAUCGCGCUAACACCCUGCACUACAUAAAUAACAACCAGAUUAUCAAGGACGGUGAGAUGGUUCUGCUGGACGGCGGCUGUGAAUACUUCGGUUACGUCAGUGACAUCACUCGAACGUGGCCGGUGAACGGAAAGUUCAGUCCGGCCCAGGCUGAGUUGUACGAGGCCGUCAUGGAGGUCCAGCGCUCCUGUUUGUCGCUGUGUUCUCCCGGCGUCAGUCUAGACCACAUCUACAGCUCCAUGCUGGCUCUGCUGGGACGGCAGCUCAAGAGGCUCGGCAUCAUCAAGACCAGCAUGAGCGACGCCGACGUCCUAAAGGCUGCACGACAUUACUGCCCCCACCACGUUGGCCACUACCUGGGCAUGGACGUCCACGACACUCCUGAGCUGUCCCGCUCCCAGCCUCUCCAGCCUGGAAUGGCCAUCACUAUAGAACCAGGGUUGUACAUCCCUGAAGACAACGACCAGGCACCAGAGCGUUUCCGGGGCCUGGGUGUCAGGAUUGAGGACGACGUGGUGAUCCGGGACAAAGGGGGACCUCUGAUUCUGUCCUCCGAUGCACCAAAGACCAUCGCUGAUGUAGAGCAGGCCUGUUCCCACAGAUAGGACCGGCAGAGACGAACUCAAAGUGAACCACGGCGGUGAUGGAGCAUGUCCUGUGGGUUUUUUAAUCGUCUCCAUAGUGACGGUAUAAUCGCGCUCAGGGCCCAGGUACAGGAUGAAAAGGAAAAAAAAAAAGGUGGGAGUGCCUUCAGUUUAGAGUUUAAUGGGAGAGGUUACGCUGCAGCUACUCGAGCCAACACAUGUUUACGCCGCAGCCGACAUGUUCCUCCCUGCGACGGUGCUAUCGAAGAGUGAAAUCUGACACUGAACUGUAAAUCAGAACCAGCUGAAGAUCCAAUAGCUGCAUCCGUUGAGAAUCGUUUCUGUCCCAGGUCAUGUCUUUUUCACACGAUCGUGACACAUCCUGUAAUAAUUGUGUGUGUGUAAUCAUAAUUUCCCAGCGCUACAAAAACACCAGUAACUCACUGUGCAGGAUGAGCAGGAAGAGCGACAAUGUCUGAGAUUAUCAGACAAUCAUGUUUAAGACGAGUGAAGAGAGACAGAGACGCUCCUGAUGAACCUGGAAUGAUUCUGAUGAUCAGCCAAAGUGUGAAAGUGUUUUGACUGUAGUGUUUCUGUAUGUAUUAGCAGAUGGUGUUUUUACGUGUCGGAAAAAUCCCAAUAUUCUUUAAUAACUAAUAAAUUCAACUGGUGUAACUCAGUUAAGUUCACACUCAUUUAAUUAUAUCAUACUGGUGUAAUUUAUUAGAUAUUUUGUGUUUGAUGUCUCAAACACAAAAUAAUGAUCAUACUUAAUAACCAAAUUCAUCAUCAUUCACGGUUUUUAAAUGACCAAAUUCAAUAAAAUCUUUCUCUCUCUUUUUAUACCCUCCAGUCCAGUUGGUGGCAGUAAUGCACAAUCGCUAUUGAAACAAAAUAAGAAGAUUCAAUUUAAACUAAUUUGUACAAUGUGUGGUACUUUUAUUUUUUAAUUAUAUUGUCAUAAAUGAUGUACAGUUGAAGUUUUAUGUUACCGGUUAAUAUCGUGU